AUGGCCCGCCCUGGUCGAGUAUUACUGUUUCUGGUUGUGUAUCUAUCAUGGUCUAUUACCGUUAUUCAAUCGUACAUAGUGGCGAACCACCCAUGUUGUGUGGAAACCAACGAGAACAUCACCUUAGCGAUGGUGAUCGACGCGUACGAAAUCUACGGCCAUGACCCAACAGACAAGUUGGACCACCUGGCCCACUAUCAGUUAGAAAUGAUGAAGAUCAAACGCGCCCCUGACCAGUACAUAAUUAACGAGCACAUCCACAUAGCGACCGAUCAUUUGGCGCGGUUCAUUCACAUGCAUCUGAAAGAAUUAAAGGUUUUGUUGAUAGCUCUAGACGACACCAUAGACAAUAUGCUCACAAUGUAUGAUAACCAUAACGCUAUAAGUACUGAGAAGGUUGCUACGUACAACUAUGCGACAGGAGGCGCCGUGCCCAACGAGUUUUACAUGAGUCAAGAAUUCUACUGUGGCAAGAAUGUGUACAUCUUCGUAUCGGAGAUGUACAGCGACAUCUACAACAUGGGACGCGGCCCGUCACCGUACUGCAAGGGUCGGGCGUUCCAUUUCCUAGGCUUUGUACACUUUAUGGACGAUAAGCGAUACUUCUUGGAGGAAGAUCCUAAUGUUGUCUUCAAUAUGGACAACUUCAUCCAUGGAUUGGAGUGCAAUAUCGGCAUCUGUAUUUUCAGGUUUCCAUUUAAAAAGAAUUUACAACACAUCCGCGAUGUUUCCACACUUCCGAAGGCAAUCGUCAAGUGCGGCACGGAGAUGUACAAACUGCCGCCUCUGUCUGCGGUGUCUUGUAUUAUCACUUCUGGAUCCUUCAUACUGGACUUCAAUAUACAGGGCGUUCGGUUUCGACAUUACGAUUAUUUGCUGUUGAUGCCAAACGGGCAUACCUACUACACCAAAGAAGCUCACUCCCCACUAGUCUGCGACCACCACGUUUGUGAAUGGAACUACACCAACUAUUACGGUGGUCCAUUCAUAAUACCCGGCGAUCCAGGCCCAGGAUUGUCACCAGUGCCUCCGUUCAUCGAAAAGACGACUGAAGCUUUCUCAGCCACGACAGACAAUUCGAGAUAUCCCAUUAUAGAAGGGGACUCUAAUUAUACUUACACAAUGACUGGUUGCUGGUUCAUGUUCCCGCCUAACUACGGCUCCAUCGCCGGCAUCAGCUACCUGGACCCACUCACUGUCAACGAGUACCGCUUCACUUGCCAAGGAACUGGGAACAAGUUGAUGCCCAACGGCCAUACCUACUACACCAAAGAAGCUCACUCCCCACUAGUCUGCGACCACCAUGUUUGUGAAUGGAACUACACCAACUAUUACGGUGACACAAUGACUGGUUGCUGGUUCAUGUUCCCGCCAAACUACGGCUCCAUCGCCGGCAUCAGCUACCUGGACCCCCUCACUGUCAACGAGUACCGCUUCACUUGCCAAGGGACUGGGAACAAGGGUUUAUACUGGUACCCGCAAUGGACCCCCCACCGUCCUUUUGGCGCGGCGGGCGAUGGGUCCAACACGCAGUCCCAACCCGUCUACCCACACCAGCAAGGCAGUCCUGAAAUAUUCUAA